AAUACUAAAAAUUAUAUUCUAUAACCGUAUGUUCAACAAUAUCAACAGUUAAUUUAUCAUAUAUUACAUUACUUUAUGACCACUGUUGGAGAAUUCUAUUGGAAUUUCCUGUAACGUGUACCACGAGAAAAAAAUUAUAUUUUAUUGUGUUAUGAUCACAUUUUAUUACAAUAACAUAUUGUUUAUAAUUGUCUAGAAAUAAAUUAGAUGAUAAUAUCCGUGUUCAGUGUGAUCGAAAAACGUACAUAAGUAUUUUUUCAAAUAAAUAAUGAACGAUCAGUGGGAAUAAUUACCGUCCAGUGUAGAACUUUAAAACUAUGUCUUUAACAUGUAUCAAAUCUCGACAUUUUUUAAAGAAUUUAAAAAAUGUCAAACUUCUGCUGGGGAAUAAAACGUACUCCUCCAUGGUAUCAUAUGUGCAAGGACAAUCACCAGAAAAGAAUGUUAGAGAAUACUUCUAUUAUAUAGACCAUCAAGGAAUGCUCUUUUUGGACGAUAGUAAAAUGAAAAAUUUUACAUCUGCCUAUAAAGAAAUAGAUUUUUUAGUAUUUUUUUUCAAACGAUUGAAACCAAACACGAUUGAUCGAUAUAGAGAACAUUUUCCAUGGAUAUCAUUAUGUGGAAGAGAAAGGAAUUUUAUUCGAUGUGAUGAUUUCCCUAUUGUAUUUACCCAAAUAAUUCAAAGCGACGAUGGGAAUUUCUUAUUUUGUCAUAACCAUGCAGGAUCUAAAUUGAGUGUAUUAUUUCAACCAAAUAAGCUCUGGAUGGAUGUUGAAAAUGGUAGAGUUUACCAUCCAGCUAGUGAACAACACGGGUCCAUUGGACUUGUGUCAUCUAGAACAGCUAUUGAAUUAAGUAAAAUGUUUAUGUAUAAUAUUGAUAAACACAAUUAUGUGCCAACACAUUUCAACUGGUGUAAUAAAAAAUAUACAUUAGAUCCAGAUUGGUUCAAAAAUUUGAUUGUUAAACGAAUUAAUUGAAUAUGUGGUUUUACAAGCAUAGUAAAAUCAUUGUUAUGUGAUAUUUUCAAAUAAAGUUUAUAUU